GCCAGGGCUUUCACACAAGGCUGGAUUGCCUUGCUCUAUGGGUAGGUUGGGAUGCAAUAGGCAAGCAUCAAGAUGCUCCCCUCUAUCCUCCUUCCAAACUUAUCUGUAUACAAGAACAAGCAGAUUCCAGAAAUAACAACCAAGUAUUGAGUGAGUGUAUGGGAACCGUUAUCAUGGCCUGAACCCCUGCUUGAUCACCUGAGGCGAGCCAUGAGUCAGCCAUGGGAGCACAGGUGGAGGCAAUUCAGCUGUGCUGCUGGAAGGGGUGGAGCCUGGCUCCACCUCUCCCAGACCUAUUUAAGAGUUGACUACCAGUGGGGAAGGAUCUCUGCUGGAGAUCUACUCCAUUGGAGUUUUGUUAGUGUGUGUUUUGCUUCAGCCACAGACAGAGAAAUGAUCAAGAGCAUUCUGGGCUGCAGCCUUAAAUCACGGAGCUGCAUCUUCCACAAAGAAAAGUGAUUGAAAGCAGCCUGCAACUUUUGGACAAAAUGGGCAAACGGUUUCCUCAACAGUGUCUAAGAGAGAAAAUGUCCUUCAGAUUUCCUGAGCAGGUUCUAAAACCCAGACAGAAAGAAACUAUUAAAGUAGCCAUUGAAGAAAUCUUGCAACACAUCUUCUAUAUCUUUAGCAAAAAUCUGACUCUAGCUGCCUGGGAUGGGGCAGCUCUAGAACAAUUCCAAAAUGGACUCUAUCAGCAAAUUGAGCAAUUGGAGGCAUGCAUAAUCAAGAAACAGACUCAAUAUUUUUGGAGUAAAGAAGUCAACAAGCUGAAACUGAAAAAGUAUUUCCAAAAGAUAGACUCUUUUCUUAAAGAGAAACAACACAACCUGUGCUCCUGGGAGAUCAGCCGUGCAGAAAUGAGGAGAUGUCUUCAAUUGAUUGAUAAAGUCAUAAGGAAGCUUUACAAGGUAGACAUGCUCUCCUCUCUGCCAGUUACGGAUGCAAGCUAAAGGAAAUGAUGACUGCUAUAGGUAUCAGGUCUGAAGCUGAGAUAACAGAAGGAAAAUCUGCUAACAACGCUACCGUGAUCCGGCACAACCAGAAAGACAAAAGGGUGAGAUCCCACCCAAAAAACUACAGCUGAAGAUUUUUUUGUGCUUUGUAACUAACAGCACUUGGGGUAGUUCCACUGCCAGACUGUUGGAAAUCUGAUUUCCUGCUUGUUUGUUUUCUUGCACGAACUGCUUGUUUGUUUUUUGCACUUCUGCAAGCCUGUAUAAUAAAAGGACAUUCAGCCUGUUUAGUUUUCUGGUUGUGACAUUCUAGCAGACUUCUGCAGUGCAGUAAACUGAUACUGAAACAGCC